AGUUAUAGUUUUGUUCACAACAACGUCUUCACUCCUGUCUCAGGUCCUCUGUCCUCCAGAGUAGGAGUGUACCUGGAUCACAGAGCAGGUAUUCUGUCCUUCUACAGCGUCUCUGAAACCAUGACUCUCCUCCACAGAGUCCAGACCAGAUUCACUGAACCUCUACAUGCUGGACUCUUCACUUCAGACUCUGCUGAGUUUAUAGAAGUGAACUGAAGAGAAUUUUGAGUCCAUCAGACCAAAAUCAUGGACUGAGAUCCUUGAACUCUUGAAAUGUUCUGGUUUGUAAAUGUUUGUGGAUCAGUCUCACCAAAAACUCUGGGUUUAGUUCUUCAUUUCAGCUUUUUGAUUCUUUUCUAAAGAUGCUGAUUUGGUCGCAGCUUUAAGGACAGUGAUUGUGGAGAACUUUGAUUGUUUGUAUUUCUCAUGUUGAAAAAUCUUCAUACAGUUUGAUAUCAACAACAUCAAGAUGAUGGUUUGUUCAAAUCACCUUCAGUUGGUGCAGAUGUUGAAGGUCUGAGACUUUAGAAAAAAGUGAGGUCAAAAUCACAGUGUCAUGGGCUACUUCCAAGCAGUAUAAACACUCCCCAAUAAACUCUCAGACGCAGUUGAUUCACCUCUUCAAGUUUACUGAGGAAUCUUGUGAAACUGAAAUGAUACAGUAACAUAUAAAACAAUGAGUUAUGGCUUACACACAGACAGUAGAGCUAAGCUACAUUAGCUUUAGCCGUUAUAAUCACAAACGAGCUAGAAUGCCGCUAGCAACGAAAAACAUGAAGCUAACUACGUGUAGCAUUAGCGAUUAGCGCCAUAGCCGUUUUAACAACUUAAUUACACUUAAACAACCUUCAUCUUAAUACAACAACAUAUGAACACUUACAGACGUUGCAUGGACUAGAGGGAUGAAAACGGAGGAAAGGAGAGGAGCUUAGAACUGAACAGCUGACGGACCUCGCAAAUCUGCGCUCAAUAACGUCCUGUUUCUCGGUAACUCGCCGGCUACAACACACAGAAAAAGGACGACCUUAUUUCCUGUCCCAAAUCCAAGCGUCUAAAGUCUUUCCAGUCGUCCCCAAAAACUCUUCAGAUGAUCUGUUUCUUUCUCUGUUUGCUGAAUAUUUGUGUUCAUGUGAUCGAUGGAUAUUUCUGUCUGCUUCUGUUGGAUCAGUGUGUUUGUAAAGACAUCUAGAAUCAGACUUUGGACAGAUCUACAUGUUGUUAUGAGCUUUUCAAUCACUCUAAUAAUAAUAAUCACAUUUAUUAGUCCGACUGUUUGGAUGUUUCUGACUCAGCUCAGAUUGUGGUCAAGUCUCUGAUUGUGGGUAAAAAAAUCAUAAAAAUCCUCAAACUGAGUCACUGAAAUCACCUCGUCUGUUUGUCUUUAUUGUGUCUGUUUCUGCUGGAUGUCAUGUUACCGCUCCGUCCGGGUCAUGGAUCCAUGUGGUCUUACAUGUCCCAGAUGUGAGUCCUGCAGCUGGAUCAGGUUUUCUGUAGAGGACAAAGACAGGAGGCAGGUUGUGUGUCUCUUUGAUUUGAUGUAACCAGACUAGUCCUGUUGAGAUCAUCAAUCUCUUUUUCAGGGGGGGUCCUGACCAAGAAUGGCAGCAAAAAACAAACACAUUCAGACUCACACAGAUCCACAUCAGCAACAAGAACUCAGAGUUCAUAUGAGAGAGUCCAGCUGAUCUCUAGUCUGAGGAAAGAAGUCUGGUCCACAAGAAGAAAACCGACUUAAAGGUGAAGUAGACAGGAAUCUGUUAAAGAAGCAUCUUUUUAUUUUCUGGUUUUUAUCCAAAAAAUCUUCUAAUAUCAGUCAAUAGUUAUUAGUUAUUGAUGACAUUUGGUAAUAUAUCGAUAUCUCUGUGUUCUCUUCUGUCUGUGUCGUCAACAUUUGAACAUUUUUGAGCGGUCCGCUCUUUCUGACUGUAAACAAAGCCGUUCUCCACCUCCUCUAACCUGAUUGGUUGUGAGGCAGACGCUGCUCCCCCGUGUCGUUCAGGAGCCCAAACAAAGUUAGCGUGCUACAAUAUCGGACAGUAGAAACCAACCAGAAAGUUCGGAAAAUUGUCUGAAUCCUCCUUUGGCCACGACUGCCGACACAAGCAAGAAAACAAAGUAAAUACCGGAGACUCUGGAGGAAUAACGGGCGCUUAAAACGGAGGUAGACUGGACAAGAGCUAAAAAGCCGGGUCAACAUAAACCAUGGGGGACGCUUGGGGAUCUUGGUGACCCUGUAACCUUUCUGCUGGACAGGUAAACCGCUUUAACAAAGUAAGACAAGUGUCUGUAACAGAAGUGUUUCUUGUCAAACGGACCUGCUGUAGCGUGUUGUAGCUCCAUCGCUAAACUGUCCUCCCUCGGGUCCUGGACUAUGUCACUUUAUCCUCGUUGUAGAAGUCCUGCAAACAUUGUGUUUGCUGGUAGUCUGUUGGCAUCUACAGUAGCACCAAUGCUUUUGACUUUCACCUUGACUGGGCCCCAUUUGUAAUGAUCUGAAGGAUUUAUCUGCAUUAUAUCUGAAUUUAAUUGGAACGAUACAAGCGAGCAGGAGCGUCUGUUUGUGGGCGGGGCUUGAGGGGAGAGGAGGAGCUGAGGGGAAAACUGGUUGGGAGGGGUAGAGUUUACAUUCAAGAUUUCUGCUAAAAACUGGAACUAACUCAGAUCCUGACUACAACACCUUUAAAUCAGAUUAUAAGAGCUGCACAAUAUAUUUAUAUAUUUAUUUAUUAUCCGAUAUGGAUAAUAAAUUAAAAUCUGCACCUAAUGUGUCAUAUGGAGAGAUUAAAAAUAUUUGUUUACAUUUUUCUAUUUCAAACAGAAAUUGUUGACGUAGUUUGACAGAUUUAAAGACUGGACAGCUGAAGGGAAAGUGAGCAGAUAUACAGUUUAGUAAAGUCAUUGAGAAGAACAACAAACAUUUUUACAGAGCAAACCUAAAAACUGACACGUCCUGUAAAAACAGUUUCUUCAUCUGUUGCGUAAAGUUGAGUGUGUGUGUUUGUGUGUGUGUGUGUGUGUGUGUGUGUGUGUGUCGCUCGUCGUUUGGUUUGUUGUAUAAUAAUGAGGCUGUUGUGUUUCUGUUCUGCACACUGAUGGAUUUGAGUUUACAUAAUUUGAUCAUUUUCCAGAGUGAAACAGUGCAAACAUAAAAUCAGCUUAGGAUUACUGCGCAGAGUUCAGACACUGACCUCAAUCCUGCUACAUGCUAACAGUGUGUGUAGUUCUGUACGACGUGUGUUCGAUAAAGAGCGUCCCCAUCGACCCAAAGAGAGGACACUUUGUGAAAUGGGCGACAGAUUUGAAAGCAGGAUUUUACUCUAAAACUGAAUUACCAGGAAAACGUACAAAUGUUCGCUGAAUGAGCGGUUUGAUUUCAGCUCCUGACCCUGCUGCUUUUAAAUGCAACACAAAAAGUCGAAAGUCACAAGAUCAGCUGGAAAUAAAGCGUUUUAAAGGGCAUCUACUCGACCAGAGAAAGAGCUUUUAUAUUCAGCAGAGUCACCAACAGUACGGCAAAAGAAAAACAAAGAUAUAAGACUGUUAUAAAAGAGAGAUGCCCUGGUCGAACUACAGGGAGUGUUAACAAGUUACCAUCUGUGCCACACGCGCAGAUAGAGCCGGGGAAAAGGGCGUCGGUCCCUAAGUGGACCCUGCGUACUGCUGAGCGACGCGAAGCUUACAACAAACAGUUCCACUGAUACAUGAUGAGGAUUACAAGGUAGAAGUAAAAACUACAGAGAAGCACAGAACAUCUACAAGGAAACACAACACUACCAGAAAGAUGGACCCAAAAAACCAAAGUGAUGCAGACAUCGACAAAGAGGCAAAACUAGAUUUAAGUAUAAAGCAAACCGACAACGAGAGGAUUUAAAAUGAUCAAAAUGUUUGUAACAGAGACAAAACAACUACAAAGAGACAAAAAACAAAUGCAAAGACACACAAAAAACUACAAAGAAACACAAAAAAACUACAAAGAGACACAAUAAAACUACAAAGACACACUUAAAACUACAAAGAGAGACAAAAUAACUACAAAGACACAAAAAACUACAAAGAGACACUAAACAACAUCAGAGAGACACAAAAAUACACAAAGAGACACAAAACAACUACAAAGAGACACUAAACAACUACAAAGAGACGCUUAACAAACACAAAGAUACACAAACGGAAAACAAACAGACACAAAACAAACACAAAGAAACACAAAACAACAUCAGAGAGAUACAAAAAUACACAAAUAGAGACAAAACUACAAAGAGACACAAAAUAAACAAAAAGAGAGACAAUAAAUAACUACAGAGACACUAGACAACCACAGAUACAAUAAACAACUACAAAGAGACUCAAAACAAACACAAAAAGAAACAAACUGAACACAAAGAGACAAUUAACAACUACAAAGAGACACAAACCAACACCAGAGAGAUAAAAAAAUACACAAAGAGAAACAAAACAACUACAAAGAGGCACAAAAAAACUAAAAAGAGACGAUUAAUGAACACAAAGAUACACAAGCGGAACACAAAGAGACACAAAACAACUGGAAAAGGACGUCGGUCCCUAAGUGGACCCCUGUGGACCCUGCGUACUGUUGAGCGACAUAAAGCUUAAAUAUUAAACAUGAUAUGAAAACAGCAGUCUAACAUCACAGAUGUUCUUACAAGCAUGUGAAGAAAAGUGAGGACAUUGAUGAAGGCCGACAUGUUUGAUAGGAGAGUUUAAGAAACGAAGAGAAAUCAGAGGGACGUCUCUGUGAGAGCGGACGGUCGUUAACGAGAACAAACCUGAUGAAUUAUCAAACAUGAGAACAGAACUAGAUUCUCAUGGAGGGACAGGAAAGAGGAAUCUAGAGUGAUGGAGGUGAUGCUGACGAGAGAAGAAACUGAGAAACUUGAUUGACAGGGAUGUCCAAGGAUGGUGAUAGGUGAGUAAGGGGGGUUACCAGACUCCUGACCCUACAGACACUUUAGAGUUAUCCUUCUGCACACUAAAUAUAAAGAUAUUGACUGAUCAGUGCUGUGGACAUUCAUUUAAGGUUCACUUCACAACAAACAGAUUAACGUCCAUACUUCAGUGUUUUUAAUGUCUGAUCGGCCCACGGUCCAAAAAGUGCAUGUGCAGUGAAAAGGAGGAGGGGAGUAUUUUAUAUCUGAAGGAGUCUGAAGUAUCCGUCAUGGUCUCUCUCUUUUUUUGUGAACAGGUAAACUCGGCCUCAUUACUUCAAAAUAAACCGGUUCACCUUUCUGAAGGUCUCACAGAGAUGCUGAAGGUUUGAUUCUCCUUCACUGUUUUCUCCUCCGGUUUGUCGUUUCAGCUUCUUGUGAGUCGAACUAAAAACUAUGAAAUCAAACCGAGCUGACUCUGAGGAGGAAACACCCAGAGUUCAGUCAAUGUCCAAGGAAAUGAUCUCAGGGCUCAUUUAGGAGCCGUAAUUAUUCUAUUAGAGGGCCUCAGAAAUCAGUAAACAUCAGAUAUCACUGAUGCAUCAGGACAUGUGGAGGAAAUGGAAAUAUCAGAUCGAUCACAAUCAUCGGGCUCCACGGUCAGACGAUGAUCAUGUUUCUGAUGACUGAGGCCGGUCUCACUUCGAACUCUAAGUCUCCUGUAGAGUUUAUUUAAACUCAGACGUCAGUGAGUGACAUGAGAUCAGCUGCUUCAUGAAAACAGAGUAUUUGAGUCAGACCUCACACUGAGUUUGUUUUUGUCCUGAUCUUUGAGAGACUGUCGAUAAUUGAAUCAAUAAAACAGCGGUCAGACUCCGUCCUGGUCUCGGUCACCUGUCUGAUUGAUCAGGUUUCUCUGAGUCACAUGACGCUCUGCAGUUCUGUCAGCCAAUCAAAGCAGCCGCUCGGAGGGACACAGGAGGGUCCACCUCUGACACCUCUGACUCUGCAGACGUCAUAAAUCCGGUGUGUGGUGGACUCUGUUUACAAGCGCUGACGAGUUUCUCUCAUCAUGUAAUUUAAUUAAUUAUUCUGACUUAUUUUGAUCUAUUUCCUUAUCCAAUUUAACUGAGUACUGACUUUAAUCAGACACACACACACACACUCAAAAACCAUGUAAACAAACUUUGAGGCCUCUUCUCUCAUUUGGAUCUGGGCCUGAAUGAGUUUAAAAUAAUCAUAUUUUUCAUAUUUUUCAUAUUUUUCAUGGUUUUUUUUUUGUCUUUUCUCCUGAAGUGAAACUGAGAAAAUUUGCUGAAGUUCAGUUUGUGUCGUUCGAACUUAAAGGGGGAUUCCACUGUUUUUCAACAUGGGGACACCCUGAAGUUAUUGAUCACCCAGCUCUUCAAAAAUGCACAGAUUAACGUAAAAGUGAAGUCGAGUUUCUGCCGCAUCAGUCAGUCCUGAUCUUAGUCCGAACCUGAAAACCUGAUCCUGAUCCUAGUCCUGAUCCUGAUCUUCUCUUUCUCUUUCUGUCUGUGUCUCAGGAACCUAUCAGGGUCAGUGGCUGGCUGGGAUGCGCCACGGUUACGGCGUGCGGCAGAGUGUCCCAUACGGCAUGGCGGCCGUCAUCCUCUUCCCCCUACGAACAUCCAUAAACUCGCUGCGCUCCGAGCACAGCCACGGCCCCCCUGCUGUGCUGGAGGACGGCUCCGCCCCCACGCCCACAGACGGGGUGGUAGCCGGGCUAGCUGGGAGCCCAGUGGGACGCGGCGGUUUCGCUCUGACAGCUCCGAGCGAAGCUGAACGCCAGAGGAAGAGGAAAGGUCGAUUCCGGCAGUCCAUCCUGAGCGGCCUGAAGCUGCGGCGUUCUGAGUCCAAAAGCUCGCUGGCCAGUCAGCUGAGUAAACAGAGCUCGUUCUGCAGCGAGGCCGGCAUGAGCACCGUCAGCUCUGCCGCCUCUGACAUCCACUCCAACGCCAGCGAGAGCGAGCAGGGCGCCCCUGUCGACGCCACCGUCACAGAGAUGUACGCAGGUGAGUGGCGGAGCGACCAGCGGGCGGGCUGGGGUGUGAGCCGGCGCUCUGACGGCCUGCAUUACGAAGGCGAAUGGGCGGGGAACAAGAGGCACGGUUACGGCUGCACCACCUUCCCCGACGGCACCAAAGAGGAGGGGAAGUACAAACAGAACGUGCUGGUGAGCGGAAAACGCAAGAACCUGAUCCCGCUGAGGGCCAGCAAGAUCCGGGAGAAGGUGGACCGAGCCGUGGAGGCGGCGGAGAAGGCCGCUGACACCGCCAAGCAGAAAGCCGAGAUCGCCAUGUCCAGGUGAGAUGAGGAACUUUAUCCAGGGGCAAGGGUCUUUGGCGAGCAAGAGUCCAAAACACCAGGACCUUUGUGCUCGUUUACAGCUGUGAGGUUGAGAUAAUGGGCUCUAUUUCCGUGUCCGCCAGCGACGUGGCGGACGUAUUUUCGGCGCACUGCCAGUUUUGUAUUUUCAUAGACUGAGGCGCGCCAAGGUCCGCCAAGCUGGGAGUGGAUACGCAGUGGGGGGGGGGGGGGGUGUCAUCAGAAUCAGCUGGCGCAGUGACAUUUUUGUGCUCGCCGGCGGCAUGAAAAGUGCGCUGAAAUCUUGCCGAUUCAAACCUGGUCAGCUGUCAGCGCAGGCGGAGCAAAGCUGGUCUCGUGGUAUUUUAGUAGAGCGGCGGCGUAUCGGCAUACGUCGCCGAUGCCUCACCGGCAGGUUUCCACAGUUUCAGGCACAUUUCAGUGCAAUAAGUAAUCAAUGACAAUCAAUACUCAGUGCAACUAUCUGAGUCAGCACAUUUAGAUCUACACCGAUAUAUUCUGAUCUAUAUCCUGUCUGAUGAGCGCGUUUGGAUACCCCACCUGACCGAUUAAACUGCGCAUGAUUCGUCACUUGGCUGAGGCUGCAUCUGUCAGAAACCAGGUCCAGGUGUCCACAUGCCAGAGUAUCCUGUUGUCCUUCAGAGUACCAAAAUGACAAAAACAUGGUCCUUUAAAAAACCCGAUCAAAUCCAAACUGGGACACAAGAGUCCAUGAAAGUCCAGAAGUGAAAUAAAAGUCGUUAAAAUAAGAACUCCAAAGUUAAAAUCUCCGUUAAAACCUCCCAGUGAGAAAAAAAAAAAACAACAGAAGGAAAAACUGAAGAGGUUCAGGUUCAGGUUCGACCCGCCGACCUCAGUGAGCCGCUCCUUCGGGGUCAGCCAUGGUUAUGACCCUGAUUUGACUCUCGUGUUUGUCGUUGUCCUCUCAGGAUGAGCCACGCUCGGGGGAAGGCGGAGGCGGCCGAAGGAGUUGCUCAGAAGGCGAUGGAGGAGUGUCGGCUGGCCCGGAUCGCUGCCAAAGAGCUCUCUCCCUCCUUCCACAUCUACGGGAACGGUGAGUGGACAAAAAACACAGACGUCUGAAUCUAGAGCUCAAAGUAUGAUCGAGUGUCUUUGAAUUUUUACUGAUGAGGAGGCUGAAGGUUUCUGAGGCAUGAAGACAUGUGACUGACAGAGACACGCCCACUGAUUUGACACCAAAGAAAAACAAACAUCUGAACUCCUCCCACUUUGAGAGUCUAACGGCUGUGGGUGUGAGUGUCAGUGUUUAAUCUCAUCAUGAACUACAGAGGAUUUCAUUUCUCUAAUCCUCCUUAAUCCAGAACAUGAUCCACUUUAUACAGCGCUUCCCAUUCUGCUGCCCUGCAUGCUAAUAACACACACACACACACACACACACACACACACGCACACACACACACACACACUCUCCCUGCAGGUGUGGUGGACCAGUUCCAGAUCUUUCUCCGUCUGUUCUCAGGUCUGGAGUGUCAGAGGCCCAAACACCAGGACGCCAAGGACAAAGACCACGAGGUGAUCUCCACGGGAACCGACAGUCCAGAGCUGUGCACGCCGGACACCACGCCCCCCGUCAUCUCACCUGACCUCAGCCCCGUGCUGAGCGUGCCCACCUCGCCCCCGCAUACCCCGCCAAAACACUCCCACCGCCCCAGAAACGCCUGCUUCAUGCGCCAGAGCGCCGUGGACGAUCAGGGCGGGGCUGAGAUCCAGGUGCUGGUGGAGGGGCGGGGUGUUGACCUGCCCAGGGGCGGGGCCAACAAUUGGAGUGACGACAUGUAUCCGGACCGGGGCGGCAGCAGCCGCUCCACCACGCCUUCCCUGCUGGAGGAGCACGAGAGCCAGAUCAACGGGCACGAGCAGGCGCCGCUGUCCAACCACAAACCCCGGGACAAACCCUCGUCCAAUCACAAGUCCUCCUACAGAGCGUGGGAACACUCCCUGUCCAACCCAAAGCCCUCCAACCACGCCUCCUCCAAUCACAAGUCGAGGGAGUACUCGUCGUCCAAUCACAAAACAUGGGAUCAUUCCUCCACCAAUCACAAAGCCUGCGACCACGCCUCCUCCAACUACAAGCCGCAGGUUCAUAUUUUAUCCAAUCACAAGCCCUCGCACCACAGCUCGUCCAAUCACAAGACUUCUGAGCAUGCUUCCUCCAAUCACAAGUCCCACGAUUAUAUCUCAUCCAAUCACAGCGCGAAGGAGCACGUCUCCUCUAGUUACAAACCCAGAGAGCAUGUCUACUCCAACCACCACCCCAAGCAGCACAACCCCCCCAACCACAAGCUGAGCGAGCACGCCGACCUCCGGCUGGACGGCCUCCCCGGGAGCUGGACCGCCGAGAGCACCCUGAGGUGGAGCCCCGCCCACUCCCGCCUCACGGAGCAGGACGACGAGCGGAUGAACGACUACACGGUCGACAUGAGGCUUCAGGACUCGCAGACGUCACGGGGGCGGGGCCACGAGUCUCCGCCCCCAAAGAACAACCGUCUGCGGUCCCGAGGCCUGCGACCGGUCAGGGAGGGGUCCAUGGACUCUGUACAGAUGCUGGACAACCUGAAUGUGGGGGCGGAGCUAGAGGAGUGGCCGCUGCACAGGGACCUGACCCUCUCACCCCCCCUUAAGUCUCAGCCCAUCACUCUGGAGCAGGACGCAGAAAAUCUCACCCUCAGAUCAAACUCAGUGAGUCCGCACAGAGCCACACCCACACUUACACGACUGUCAAUCUACUCUACUGUAUUUCUAUAUCACAUUUAAAAACAUUCAAUUUAACAAAGUGCUGAACCAUAAAAUCAACAAGAACCAACGAAUGAAAGCAGGUCAAAAACAUUUCAAAUGAAAUAAAAGGACAGAGAUCACACAACUCUGAGAUAAAAGGGUUAAAAUGAGUUUGAAGACGUGAUUUUAAAGUAGAAAGAGUCGGGAUGUUUUGGGAGCCACAGCCGAGAAAGUUCGCUCACCAGGGUUUUUAAAACGAGUUUUAGGGACGAGGAGGUGGAGCUGAUCAGAGAGAGAGAAACCUGAUGAACACCGACGUAAAGAGAGUUACAGUCGACCAACCAGAGAGUGGGAAUAAAAACAGGAAUGACUUUAUUAAAAUUAUCAUCUAAACCAAUUGAAUCUGGGAUAAAAACCUCAGAUGAUGAAAACUGGAUUUAACUACAGAGUUGAUUUGUUGAUUGAAAAUCAUUGUCGGCUUUUACACCCAGAUUUAUAUCUGUGGGUUUAAACGAAGGUAACAGAGGGUCCAGCUCCUUGAGAGGGGUCUCCUGGCCCCACUGGAGCCAAAGAUGAUUCAUUCUGUUUCCUUUUCAUUGAAAUUUAAAAAGCUCGAGGCCAUCCAGUCAUUUAUGUCUUUAAAACAGUCCAGCAGACGUUUUAGAGAGCUGCCAAUAUUUGUCUUUAUUGAGAGGUAGAUCUGAGAGUCGUCUGCAUACAGGUGGUCAGAUAUACCAAGAGGGAGGACAUAUAUGGAGAACAGGAGGGGACCAGGAAUAGAGCCUUGGGGUGCUCCACAGGAUAGAGACACGGUCACCAACUUUCACUUUAAAACAGACGAGUCGGACCUGAACCAGUCCAGAGCUGAACCUGUUAAACCAACAUAGAGCUGGAGUGAGAGAUCCACUGUAUCAGAGUCAGCUGUUCGGUCUAAAACUAUGAAAAGAGGUCCAGGAGUGCACACAGAGUCCACCUGGACCUGGAGGUCACACUUUAUUUACACGUCAUAAACCGGGUCAGAACAUGACCCAGUUAUUAUAUCAGUAAAUCCUCAAUGUCUAAAAAAACAAAUGAUAAAAAAGAAACAGGAACAAAGUGUCCCUCAGGGAUCCAAACUCAAAUCCUCACUGAUGGAUGACGAGUCAGGGUCCGACUUUCAGAGAGGCGGUGCCGAUCCGAGGCUCGCCAGAACCAAAUAUUAAUCCAAAGAAACCGACAAUUUUACCGUCAGAGAUCCUCAAUGUCCCACAAAGGAGGAAAAACCCUGUGAGGAAGAGGGGGAGGCAGAGCUGGAGAGAGGAGCCCAUUUGGGCCGGUACUCACCCCUGCUGGAUGAGUCCGUUUCCUCUACCUCCCCCUGUUCCUCUGCUACAGAGAGAGGGGGGAGGAAAGAAGCUGCAGGGAUGUUCAAAUGAGGACAGGGGAAGAAGUCUAAGUAGGCUAAAACCGAGUCCUGAAAGGUCUGGAAGAAAAUAAACAAAGAGAAAGAGAGAGAGAGAGAAAGCAACAAAGAGGAGCAGGAGAGUUGGCCAGGGAGAGAAACUCUGCUAGUCCAGGGUGGACGCUCUACCUCCCCUCUGCUAGUCCAGGGUGGACGCUCUACCUCCCCUCUGGUCCCCUACAUGAACUAUAGAAGACAAUAAACAAGGAGAGAAAGUCAAACAAAGACCAGAGUAAGAGGAGAGCCAGGGAGGGAAACCAGAAUGUUCAGAAUGUUGAGAUGUGGAUUCUACCUUUAGUGUUUCUCCACCGAGGAAGAAAACAAAACAGACUGACUCUAUGUGACGCCGUACUGAGCCUGAAUGAUGUGGUGAAUCUGGUUUAGAAUAUAGACAUGAAUAUUUGUCACUCAGUCCGUUUCCAUGACACUCGAGAAAACCGAAUUAUCGCCUUAUUCCGAUUAAGACAGGACAACUGAAGUUCAUGUAAACACCUUAGUCCGACUAUUAUCGGAGUUUAAGAACUCGGAUUAAGACACCCAGAUAAUGAGAUUGGAAUCCGAUUUUCUCGACCAUGUAACCAGCGUAGUCGGAGUAUGACGCCACGCCCCCGUAACCCUGUAACAAACCCCCAGAGUAGAGGAGUAGCGUUGGUCUCCUCUUUAGAAAAAGUAGCGCGUCCAUCAUGUCGGACAAAAACAACGCUGUACGAUGCUCCAUCUUCUUGUUUCUCCAAAAUGCCCAGCAGCAGUUGUAGACACUUCUGACGUCUGACACCGACCUGCUGUUGUUGUUGACGGUUGUAAAGACCCAUAUCGCCCCCUAGUGUUGGGGAGGAGGACACGUUCACGUCAAUAAUUGGAUUUUCUCAGCUGCUUAGUCAAAGUAAACUGUGCAUGUAAACAUACUGAGUGUGUGUUGGACUGGAGUCUGAUGAAUGGUUGAUCUUCUUCUUCUUCUUCUGCUCAUGUACUGACUGCUUCUUCUUCUUCUUCUCUUGUUUUCUUGUCUUGCAGGGCUCCAACUCUAUUCUGGUGGUUAUGGUCAUUUUACUCAAUAUUGGAGUAGCCAUUCUUUUCAUUCACUUCUUUAUUUAAGCUUAUACAGGUAUGAUCUAUAAGACUUAUUGAUAACUAUGGUAUAUUAUUAAAUUAUUAUUACGUACUGAGACAGACAUGGAGCCCGCAGCCCGAGCGACGGACACAGCAGAGCCUUUUAUCGUUGCUUCGUACUCGUCCUCUCACCUCUGUUCAAGCACCGCUCCUUUUUUUCAAAUGCUUUGUUUUUUUUUCAGCUUGCAACCACAGAAGAAGAAAGUAGAGAGUGCAGCUCUAAAACCUGGACAGGUGCAUGUGUGUGCAGCACACCUGGAGAUGGCACAGGCAGUUCUUCCCAUUUUUCCAUCGUUUUAGACGAGAAUAUCAAAAACUUUGUUUCCUGAUUGUCAUGCUAACAUGCUAACUUAUAGCAUGGUGCACACUCUCCAUCCUUAACCCUUUAGCCUCUGAACCAUUUCCCACGUAAGCCCCUCCCCCGUCUUUAACCCCUUACUGGCACUAUGCGCUACAUACAGAACUAUGCUGCAGAGUAGAUCCAUUUUAAAGGGCUCCGUCAUGGUUCGUUUCUUUUUAUCCACAAAGAACUUCACAGACACACACAACCAUUGCAUGAGGCUGUGUGGGCUUUAAGACGAGCAUUUUUAUCCCUUUAACAUCACCGUUCUGUCCUCAUUCGUACGCACGCCAUCUCCUGGUCAUCACUUCCUGUCGCCGGCACAGAUUUGGAGAUCGGCGCCGCCAUCGAAUCAAAUCACCAAACCAAACUCUGAACCAAACGUCAGCAGCAGCCGGCCGACACACACACGCACACACACACACACACACACACACACACGCACACACACGUACACACACACACACACACACACACCUUUACCUGCUGACAUACUGAGGAGAAUCAGCCCCGCCCCUUUGUACAGCCUGAGACUGUUAUGUUAUAACCACUGAUUCUACUAUAUAUGUGUAUGUGUCAUUAUUAUUAUGAUUCUGAUUAUUAUUCCAGUUUGUUUUUCUGCAGUUUGCAAACAGAGAGAAUGCAGAGUGCCUCGUAUUUAUUAUUCAUUUAUUCUUUAUUUAAACCCCGCCCCCACGCGGGCAGGCCGAGAGGAGACAAAUUACCUUCAUCCCCCACCCUCCUCACCCACCCACAGACCCCUCUUCCUCCUCCUCCUCCUCCUCCUCCUCCUCCUCACCCUGAAAUGGCAUGCACUGUUUUGUCUCUCCCCCCUUUUCUCCCCCUUUUGGACCAGUCAAAAAGGGAAAAAUGGGGUUUCUACGGUGUCAUUUCCAGACACUUUCUGGGCCGGAUGAGAUUUUUUUCAGCAUGUUUGUUCAGCCUGCUCAAUCUGGUGUCAGUUUGUGAGUUUCUCCCUCUCGUCUCUUUAAUCCAGCAACAUAAGGCGACGUGAGGCGAGGAGGAGAGCGGUGUAAAAUAAACGCUAGCUUCUAACUCUCCGUGGGUUUAUGAAUGAUCAAAAGAAACUCUCUGCUACUGUAUGUUUUAUACUUCGCACCCAGUGGCAUCAUCAUGUUGUGACAUCAUUGCAUGCCCGAGCAUGCUCUUUCUUACUCUUUGGUUUAUGAGGUUGUUUCCAAGUUAAUGUGGAGAAAAUAAUGAAAUGUUUGAAAUUA